AUUAAAUAGAAUAUAAGGGGAAAAAAUUAAACAGCACAGGAAUCUAUAAAACAUCCAUAACAAGCUAGAACUAUGUCUCUAAAACGCCUGCGAGGAAAUAAGAGGACUUUGCCUGGCCCCGAAAAGAUCACCGCGUUUUAAAACUUAGUUUGAAAACAAACAAAAACUGCCCCGAAAAAACGAUCUGUGACGUUGUCGUCGCCGUUCUCACCUGCUUUAUGAGGUUCCUUCUCCAGUCGUGAUGUGAAACUCCUCCGGUAUCUGCCCGUCCUUCCGGCGAGUGACCCUAGGAAGAAGAGCAUGUGCUUAGACUGUGGGAAGCGAUUUGCUCAGAAGUCCAUGCUCCUGAUCCACCAGUGCAUCCAUGCGGGGGAGAGUCACCUCCGGUGGACGACAGAGGAAACCAAAAUGAUGCUUUCCGCCAUUGCUCGUAACCCGGGAGUGAAGGUUUUGAUGGGCAGCACUUCAGCGGCGAAUAGAAAAUACUGGAAAGCAGUGCAAGAGCACUUGUGUUCGCAGGGCCACAAAAGGUCCAUGGCGCAGAUCAUCGCGAAGUGGAAGCGUGUGAAGGCCCAGUUUUUCAGCCUGGGAAUAAAGGCCGCCCUGGGACAGCUCACCAUUAAAGAUGCCCCGCAAUACUACAGCCAAGUGCGAUCGAUCUGGCUUCUGGCCGGCAAGCCGACAUUUGGGGAACGGAAAUGGCCGGUUGACAUUAGGAGGAUCGGCCCAGCGGAGGGAGAGGAGGAGAAGGAGGAGGAAGAAGAGGUCCGUGAGGAGAAGCUGGAGAAAGAAGACGUCCGUGAGGAGAAGCUGGAGAAAGAAGACGUCCGUGAGGAGAAAGACGAGGAGGUCAAAGCAGAACCUCCGGAACGAGAGGAGGGAGAAGAACCGCAAUCCCAGCCGGAGCAGCAGCAUGGCCUCCCGCCCAGCAACCCCUGCCGGCCCUUCUGCGCUACGCCUCUCCCUCAUCCACCGACCGAAGCGGAGUGGCCUGCCUCACAGUUGCAACCCGUCCACGAGAUACCUUGCGAAUUCACUCCCGGCCAUCCGGAACCUGUCCUGACGACAAAACAAACCUCGUCACCCCAGAAAGUUAAUUUCGCAAGUGCCGAUGUCGACGACAACGACGACGACACCGCCGUUCCACCUGCUGCCCUGUCUGCAUCUGACAACGAUGACCCUGCUGGUGUUGCUGGAGCUUCAGCGUCUUCUGCUUCAUCGCCUCAGAGUUGCCGUUCAUGCGGAGGCCUGGAAGGCUUCAAGAAAGAGAUCAUGAACUACCUGGACGCAAUGAACAAGAAGCUGGAGCGCAUUGAAGACACCGUGGCGGCGCUUCGACACAACGCCGUCCCCGAAAUACCCGAGAAAUUCCUAGAAGAGAUGGCGGCGAGCCUACAGGCCGCAUGUCCAAACCUGUCGCUCGUCCCGCCUUCUGCCGUAGCUCUUCCUGUUAGCAGGGACUGCUGCUGAAAAGACUCUGGUGGCGCUCAGAUCUCCUCCCCCUCUCUGUGUACGGGACUCCGGAUCUGUAAUGCAUGUGCAUGCGUCGAUGUUAGGAUACGUAACGUCAGAAAAUGGGAUUCUCGAUGUGGAAAAGGGUUCCUAAGGGCGCAGUCCUAUGCAGGUUUAGAC